AUGCCUGGCAUGGAACCAGCCUUACUGUUGCGCCACGCGCCCUACAAGGCCAUUGAUCUCUGUCACUCAAAGACCACCACGAAUACAUUUUCAAGCCAUAAAUACAAGCGUCUUCUUUCAAUCACAACUGCCUCGAGCAGCAAAUUCGAGUGCAUCCUGCUCAGUCUCGCCUAUGAUAUUGGAGACAGCCAGGAAGGUCUCUUCUCAAAGCCUCUUUCGCAACACCAUGGGCAACAGUCUCAUCAUGGUGAUCAACAUGCCCGCAAGGAAGCGUCGACACAUCUUUGGAGCAACAAUGGAGGUGUUUUUUCCUCCAUAGCUGAAGAUGACUACUCUGUACGGAGUAGAGGCUGUAUGAGUGACGUUGAAAUGCCCUGCAUGAAAGCACCGGAAGUAAAGAACACAUUGCCACAAGUCUUCAUGGCUCUAUAUAAAGAUCCUGUGACUCGCGGAGGCCUGAUGAGGAUCACUCAGUGA